CGCCGGGGCAAUGCUCCCCACGCACGGACAAGAGCACAAGAGCAAGACAAGAGCAAGAACGUGCGUGGUUGAUACGGAUAUCUCGCUCAACUCUUGUUGAAAACCUCCGCAAUACAGAGUCAUGGACAAGCUCAAGUCUGUUUUUGGCAAGAAGAAGCCUUUGAAAGAAAUUCUGAGGGAAAACAAGCGGACAAUCACCCGGGCAGUGAGAGACAUCGACAGGGAGAAGGCGAACCUGGAGAAACAAGAGAAGAAGCUCGUUGGAGAGAUCAAGAAGAAUGCCAAGGCUGGACAGAUGGGAGCGGUGAAGGUGCUGGCGAAAGACCUUGUCCGAACACGGAAUUAUGUGACCAAGUUCAUCGAGUUUAGGAGCCAUCUUCAAGGGGUGGGGCUCAAGCUCGAGACUGUCAGGUCUCAUGAAGCCAUGGCGGGUGCAAUGAAGGAUGUCACCAAGGCGAUGGUUUCUCUAAACAAGCAGGUCAACGUACCUGCGCUGCAGAAGAUCAUGCUGGAGUUCGCGAGGGAGAAUGAACGGUCGGAGCUAACAGGGGAGCUAAUCGGUGAUACCCUCGACGACGCACUUGCCGAUGAUGGCGAUGCGGAGGCAGAAGACCAGAUUGUCAGCCAGGUCUUGGAUGAGAUUGGAGUGUCAUUCGAUGAGGGGGUACCAGAAGCUCCAACGGCUGGAGUGGCGCAAGGGGCUGCCGGAUCGGCGGAAGCGGCUAGACAGCCCGUUGCUGCUGCUGAAGCUAGCGGGGGAGGUGGGGGAGGGCCACAGCCACCAGCACCCCCAGGGGCUGGUGGGGGAGACGCCGGAAUGAGCGAACUGGAGGCGCGUCUCAAUAACCUACGCCGUGGAACCUAGGGCCGCAAACUAACUCCAUCUGUCACGAAAACGCAGGCAACUUACAAGCACU